UCGUGUAUUUGAGAAAUGUGGGGUGGUAGUGUACACCUGAAAAGGGCAUCAUUAUUUUCCCAAUUAAGAAGCUUAAUGAGUACUUUGGUGUGUCUUGUCAUAUUUUCAGCCUUACAGUGGCCCAUUUUCACCCAUCUACUAUGCUAAAAAUGUUGCCCUUUCAUUACUCCACGGUUGUGUAAACAGUUGUGAUUAAACUGGCAUUUAAUCAAUUGGAACAAAAUCCCCGCGGCUCCCGAGGAGCUCACCUACUAAACCCGCCUUUCAAUGGCAACAAUCUUCUAACAGACGACUUCCCUUCCAGACGGGCUUUCAUUGCGCAGUAAAAUAAACUUUUAUUUGCUAACCUUGCUCUCGGAGCCGUUCAGGAUUUCAAAAGGACCUCACAUGACAAACACCGCUACGCUCCAUCAUUAUCCCCCGCUCCCUCCCUCGCAUUCCUGCGCCGGCCCUGCCCGGGUGUUCCCCUCCCCGGCGGCACAGCCCUCCGGAGGGGCGCGGGUGCUUCCGGCGGGCGGCUCUCCCGCCUGCGCGGCGGCCCCGCGGGCCGGCUCCGCUCCCGCCGCCCGCCCGCCCGCCGCUUCCCUCCUCAGGCGGCCGGCGGACAGCGCGGCGCUCUGCCGGCGGGCGGGAGGCUGUACAACCAGGGCAAAGGACACUUCCCCUCCUCCCCCCGCCCUUCCUGCGCCGCGGCCCCGACAUGAAGGCGGCUCGCCAGCGCCCGGGCCCUACGGCCGACGACAGAGAUAGGGACAGGGAUGAGUACGGGGUAGAGCAGAGCGGACCGCUCCCGUCAUGUCCCGCCCACCGGCGCGAUGGUCGCUAGCCCGUUUCCACCCGCCCGGCGCAGCCCCACGGAUGUGGGAUUGGGGAUCCGGGCCGCCCUCUGGGCGGAGGGAUACGGGGCGGAGCCGGCGGCGCGGUCCGCCGGGGCGCUGAGUCCCGUUGCCGGGUGACGGAGCGGCCGGCCCGGCCCCCUCCCUCCCUCCUUCCCUCCCCGUGGCGCUGGAACCGCCGCCGCCGCCGGUUUACGUAACGCCUCCCGGGGCAGGUCCCGGCUCCGUCCCGCCCGCCUCACUCGGGGACGGCAGCAGCGGGACGGAGUCCGCUGCCUCCUCCGGCUGCCAGAGGCCCCAGGGCCCCGCUCUGCGCCACCACGGCAGGUCCUGCUGGGGACUUGCAUCUGGCCUCAAUGUGAAAUUAAGGAGAAUGACAUCUUCCUGGGCUGGGAAAAGGGAGCUUACAAGAAAUGGGGAAAGAGUAAGAAAAAGUGCUCUGAUCUAACACUAGAGGAAAUGAAAAAACAGGCUGCUGUCCAGUGUCUUCGCUCUGCUUCUGAUGAAUAGGUGGAUGCAGAAACGCCAAUCUGCUCACAUGGAUAUGGAACACUUGCUCUUCCAGCCUAACCUCUUCUUUCAAUCUUAGUAUUGGAGUAAAACAAGCAAGUUUGAGUCCCUUUAUUGGGAGUAAUUGGAUAAAAGUCUUAGUGGAUUUCAACUUCACUAUAUUUAAAUAAAAUCGUAUUUAAGUGAAGUGGUUGUCAUGUUUACUCUCUGUAUAUACACACGUGUGUAUAGGCACACACAAACAAACACACACAAAAGAGCCCAAACAGGGUGAUAAUUCAGUGAAGACUUUAGGAUAUUGCAGCCUGAUUGUUUUAUAGAGAAAAGUGUGCAGAGGAUGAAAAGGUAAUGAGGGUCAGUAGUAACUUUUCUAACUCUCAUAGGAAAUUACAGAGAUACAGUUAAUGUAAUUUUGAUUUUUGCAUUUAACUAUUUAAACCAAUAACGUGUUAAGAAAUGGCAGACAGCCUGCCUCCUCCCCUACCAGUAACCAAAACCUUAAAAUUGAGUGCUUGAUGGAGAGAGGAAGUCAUAAAAUAGAUUAUACGAAAAUUGGCUUGAUAGCACUAAGUACUUUUUUUGUCAGACUUUCAUGUAGUGAUUUAAACAAGUAUUUUGAAAUAACCUCUUGUGGAUUUUCAUUUCCACAGUAUCCAUUCUUAGGGUACUUCAUUUAUACAUUUAUACUUCAUUUAUAUUUUACAUUCAUACUUAGGUGCUUCAUUUGGUAGCUUAGUUUUGCUUGACUUCUGUUCUUGCUCUUGUGUUAAAAAGAGUAAUGCUGUAAAACACUAAUCUGAGACAGAAAUCCAAGGUUCUAGUUUUGAUUUCACAGUGCUGAAAACAAACAUCUGACUUGAAGAAGCCUGAGUUUUGUGUUUAUUUCUAAAACAUUUCCUACAUUGUGGAGAAUGGAGAGUCAGAGAAGCUGCUCUGCCUCACUGUGUCUUUGCCAUGGCAGAGCCUGUUGUGGACUAAGUGUGUUUGUGGGGGAGGCCUGAUUCUGACAGGCGCCAUCUGCUAUAUGUAAGAAUGCAAAUUUUUAAUGGAUGUACACUCUGAGGACAGUAUUUUUGUGUGACAAGCAUUUUGGUGUCUCAAAUUGUAUAUAUUUGUAUGAAUGUGUCUUUGGCUGCAGAUGCUCUUGAUGCAGUCAGGAGCAGAGGAAAUGUAAGUACAUUGCAACUCUCCAGAAAAUGGAGGCAGAAUGAUGGUGAGAAAGACUUUUAAGACAAGUACUUUAAUGUAGCAAUCAAUUGCUAUUCUUACUGUAGUUGUAAAGUUUAUUUUUUCUGAAACACUUGAAUAAAUGGCAGUUUAAAGACAUGCUGAAGAAUUGCUCAAAUUUUAAAAUAUUGACCUUGACUAGAGAUUUUGUCUUAAUUUUUAUCCUGCUAAAGUAUGGAAGAAAUUUUAAAAGGUUGUUUUGCAAUUAACUGCUCCAUUCUAGUGAAACGUUGGGUAAAAAAUCCUAAUGUUUAGCACUGGGGAAUAUUUAUAUAAAAGUACUUGGAUGAAAAUAAGAAAUAUUAUCCUGAAAUUACUGCCUCAAAUUUUACGUAAAAACAGCUGAUCUGUCAACAUAAAUAGCUUGGUGAUUAGUUUUAUUGUUGUUUGUAGAAACAUGAUCAGCUUGUUCAGGUGCAAGUGGAGGUUCUUUUUUUUUCUUUUUUUUUUAAGCCUCUUAAUUCUGAAAGUAUAUUAUUUUGUAUUUGAAUCAUGAAACUUGUCAUUACUUGUCUUGUUAUUGUAAAAAGACAGCAGUAACUUUGAGACUCAGAAAUUUAUUAAAUAAAUAAAAGUUUAGAAAUUCACAUGUGCUACUUUUUACAAGGUGGAUAUUGUGAGCAAGGUUUGAAUUAGGGGUUAUUCAUGGAGACUGAUACAUGUAAGACUUUUCAAUAGGUACAUUUCCUAGUAAUAAUAUUUAAAUUACUUAUGUGCCUGUCCAUUGGUCACAAAUCCAAGCUUAAUUCGCUUGUACCCGAUUACUUUUCUGCUAAAAUUUGCAUUCUUCAAUAGAGCAAACAGGUCUCCAGCUGUGUUGUUGCAGUUCAGUCACCAAACACCUUCAGUGUGACACAUGAAGCUGCACCCCAAGAUGGUGCCAGAGUUUCAGUUCAACCAGUCGCUGUGUCCUUCUGCUGAAAUGUGUGAGGACUUUUUAAGAAUGAGCAAAGGAGACAACUUCCUGUGAUCUUACCUUCUGCACAGAUGAAACCAGUGCUCCAAGACUCUCCUCCCAGUGUCGGGGACCACUUCACCUAAGCUGGUCUACAGCACAUCCUGAGACAUUCCUAGUGUUCAGUGCUGCUGAUCUCCCAAGGCCUGCCAUAAUGGGGUUCAGGCAAUGUGGUCCAUUCUGAACUAACCAAGCUCUAAAAAUCUGCUAACAUGAAACAGUGUGCAACACGUUAAAGCAAGAGCUAGUCUUGGUUGAUAGAUUCCGUGAUGAAUUUUUAAAGAUAACUACUCUAAUAUAUUUGACAAGAACACACAGUGCCUUCCAUCCCACUGUUCUAAGAAAUUACUGCUUGGGGAUAACAUAGAAACAUAAUUGUUGAAACUUUGUAACAGUAAUUUCUUUUAAAUUAUUCAGGUGUGGGCAUGCUAACAGCACAGAGCAUUGGCUUUGCUUACUUUGACUCAUGAGAGGGGAUUAUAACUCUUCUGAUACUUGUGUUAUCAUAUGGGACCACAUAGAGGAACAAGUGUGGCUCUAGUGAACAGUUUUGUUAAAAAUUUAAAAUGAUAAUUUUAUUCUCAAAUGUGCCUUGCUUUCAGCACAAACUUGAGAUGUAUCUAAAAUAAGAUUUUCUUGAAAUUUUCUUAGUGUUUGUCAUCUUUCUUACUUGAAGUGCAGAACUGUUAAACUUUCAUAGAAUCCUAGAAUGGUUUGGUUAGAAGGAACCUUAAAGAUCGUCUCGUUCCAACCUCCUGCCAUGGGCAGGGACACCUCCCACUAGACCAGUUUGCUUGGGGCCCCAUCCAACCUGGCCUUCAACAUUUGCAGGGAUGGGGCAUCCAUGCAGUUAUUACAGUUCUGCACAUAAACCUUCUUUGAAGAAAUAAUCUGCUAAUCCAGGCCAAAUGAAUAAAUUGGUUAUGAUUGUACAUUUGAGUAAGUUUUUAUUGAUGGGUUACUUUGGCCAGCUAUUGCUGCCUCCAGAGAUUAUGGUAUCUGUGUGACAUUUGGCCUAAGGCACUGUUGCAUAAUCUGCCUUACACUUUGCAAUAGUGAUAGGCAAGAACUGAGAAAAAAAGACUUCUGCAGUUUGUAGCAAGGGAACAGUCUUUCUUUUCCUCUUAAGUAGAAUGGCACCUUAACUAGAUGAUUUCAAAUUAAUUUUAAUCGCUCAUUUAUUCCUGCUCUUCCCUGCUUCUCUAACGUAAGCCAGUAUUAAUUAGGUAAUACACACAGACCACUACACUGGGAUACCAGGGAAUCAGGUUGUAAACAUCAGGUGGUUUCUUGAAUGAUUUAAAUGACACAUUUUUGUAUAACUAGAAGUGACAUGAACAAGAAUGUUAAUGUAAAGAUAUGGGACAUAACAAGAAUGAAUCAAGUUGUGUAAAAGCCAUCUUAACAAAUCAGAAAGGUGAAGUGCAUGUUGAAAAUUUGAAUCUAUUAAAGCAAAAAAUUGAAGUUAAGAUUCCAAAAGAGCCUUAAUGGUUCUUGAAGCAUAUAUGCUGACUAGCUCAGUAGUAAGCAUUUCUGUGUGUCUGAUUGUUCAGUCUUUACUGGAAAAUGCCAAAACACUUCACAAAGUCAAUGAAUAUUAUCUUUCUUUUGGGUUGUAUCCAGUUGCCCUUAUUGAAAGGGAUAUACUGACGGUUUCCAGAACAUGCAGCAUUAUUUAGGAAAGAAUUUUAAAAAUAACUUCAGAUACCAGACAGAUACCAGAUAGAGGAAAUGAAAGUAAUUUGUCUCGCCAUGGUAUCCAUCACAGAAUAGAUUAAUUACAAUAAAUCAAUUUCUUUUUCUUUGUGACUGUGGCAUUAAAGAGAUAUUCACAGUACCACAUAUCUGAUUUGUCUUGUUACUGAAGCUGCUUUGCUGUCUGUAAUAGUAACAUUAAUUGAAGUUUACAAAACUUAUAAUUAUUUCAAUUGUUGUAUGCAUUUUCUCAGUAUAGAAGAUACAUAUUGAACUGGAGAAAUUCCUUUGGGAGCUUAGUCCACACCAAAGUGGCUUCAUAAGCAUUAUUUCUAAUAGUACAGAUGACUGUCUUGGAGGCUGAAAGUAGGUGUUCACUGUCAUUGAAAGUUAUUUCACCUUGUGUGUGCUUCCAAUGAAAAUGGGAACAAACUGGGGCAAGGCAGGUCUGUCCUCACAGCAGCUUCUCUGCUAAGCCUGGGACAGAAGCGAAGUUGGCAUAUGCAGUUCUUGGAGGGAGGAGCAGCACAAUCUUUCAGGCACAAAGGAGUGGCCAGGAAAACGCCAGAGGAGUUGGUUACAGAGCUCUCCUGAAUAAUGCCCUGUGUUCCCUCACAGAGCAGCAUUAUUAGAUUAUAAUUUUCCUUAAUGCAGAACAAUCAUUUUUACCAAAAAUUUGAGUUGGGGGUCCAUUAUGAAUUCUUAUCAUACACACAAGCCAACUUGAACAAAUUUGGCAGAGCAGCUGCUGGGGAAAAUUCAAGUGUCCUUUCUGCAAUUCACUUGAUGCAGAAAAGAGUCUUUGCAUAAUUGGUGGGAACACGUUUUAUGAGUUUCUCCCAUUUCAUUGAUAAUACAGAUAAGAACAUUUUAGCAUGGGCAAGCUGAAGUACUGUGAUUAAGUGAAAUCUCAGCAGCACUGCUUAUAAGGAUAGCAAGUCUGUUGUGGCUUUGAAGUCAGUAUGUUUGUUUAUAUGUGAUGAAUAAUAAUCAAGAAGAAUAGUUUCUAGUGAGGAAUUAUCCUUUCUUGGGGGGAUAACUGCUAUUUCAGUGUAGCCUGCUAUGGGAGGGAUCUAAAAGAAUUAAGUUUUAAAUAACAGAAGUCAGAUUAGCUGCUCUAGUAACCUACAUUUAGGGAUAGCAUGUUCAUUUGAAGUUAAUUUGAGCUGGCAGAUGAUCUCUUUUAUCUAGAAUUAGUAAAUAACAUGUGCUAUUUAUUAUCUCUCUCUCUCUCUCUCUUAGAAGGUGUUGUGUGAAGUGGUGAAUCAUAGCUCUGAAAUCUGAGCCUGAUCCUAGCUACAUGCUAGAUAUGUAAUUUACCUUUCCUAAUAUUGUUUUAAUACCAAAGACAGAAUUAAGAGAGCUGCAGGGAAGUAUUUUUAUUUCCUUGUUGGAGAGCUGUUGCUCUCGCAUUUCUUAAAAUAGCUUGGAUUUUUGUGAUAUUAAGUCAGUUUGCAUGGAAAUUGAUAUUCUGAGGUCACAGAUUGAUUGAAGAUUACUUUGGAUCAAGUAUUCAUGAGCCCCAAAAAGAGAAGUUAAUAAAUAGAAUCUGUUUUUUUGACUGGUCCAAUAUCUUUGUUGUAAAUCCUUACGUAUUCAAGUGAGCAGAUAAAGAUUUGUGUUCUUACUUCUAAAGUGUCAAAAAAGGUUGUACAUACUCUUAAAUGUUUCUUAGUGUCAUCCACCUUGGUUUGAUGGAAAAAAAAUUCCAUAAUGCAAGUUGGAACCUUAUUUUUUUCUUUUGAACUCCACCUGGGUUGAACAACCCAGAGUUUUAAUGGAUUGGUUUAUUUAUUCAUUUAUUCAUUCAUAUAGUGCUGAUCUUGGGCCAAGAUUUUUUUUAGUCUUUUUUUCAGUCUGUCUUGAGCACCUCUUUUGAGAGUACUUGUAAUCAGAUGAAUUACACUGUGUCAGAAUGUUAAAAAAUGAAAACCUAGACUUCUAACUUUUUCUCAUCAUCCUACAAAAUAUAGAAAUAGACGUGUGGUUGCAGUGAAUCACAUUUUGUGCCUUACUCAGUUCACGUGGCUUAUCAGCUGAUUCAUAUAGAAAAGCUGCCUAAUCCUGCACUUGGUGACAGGAGAUGUGCCAAGAAAAUGGUCCUGACUCAGUCACAAUGCCAUCUUUUCUGGAGAGCCCUAUGGCCUGUUAAAUCAAUGAUUUGAAACUAUGAAUAUAUUGAUUUACUUGAAUUUCUAGAUUGCUUGAACUUGUAUUUUGUGAAAGGACUAUCAGUGUUCUCUGGGUUAUCCUCUUUCAGCAGGGAUUUGGACUAGAUGAUCUCCAGAGGUACUUUCCAACCUAAACAAAUUCUGUAUGUUUGGGAAAAGGAAAUGAGGAUUUGUUUUGAAAGUGUAAGCUAGAAAGCUCUCAAAAGCCUAAUAGCAAAUGAGUGAUUAUUUUAAUUGUUCAAGUAAAAGGAAUUGUAAUGCUUUUGCUUUUCAAAAAGAUUGAAGAGGGGCAAGGACCUUUCCCUGUACCUCACAGGCCUGAAGUAACAAGCCAUAUUUAGUAAAUAUUUGCACUGCAUAGUUCAAAGCUUCUGGAGGAAGCUUUUAACUUAUGUUAGACUAGAGGCAAAAAACUGAACAUGCCAAAAAACCUAAAGCCAAACAGCAUUUCCCUAAAACAACACUUCCUUUUGAGUUGUUUUUUUUCAGUUUCUGUGUCUAUAAAAAUUUUUCAGUUUCUGUGUCUAUAUUCAUGGUCUGUCGGAUGUGGAAAAUCUCCUUCUAAGUACUGGCUAUCAGAAGUUUGUUUUCCUUUGUUUUGUCCAGAAGGCUUGGCUAUUGCAUAUGUGUGGACCUGCAGGACAAAGUAUAUGUUUGCAUGGCAUUUUUUUGUUGGAAAUAUGAGACGCAUAACCAGAUGAUAUUACUGGGUGAUGGGAAGAGGUGAAAGCUUGGUGAAAAUGAAAAAUUUUCUUGAACAAUCCCCUGCUCAGUUCCAUAGUAUAGCUGUGUGAAAUAAUAAUGGUGCUGUUUGUGAUAAAAUUCAGACAAAACUUCUUAAAUUUUCUGCAUGGUGACUGUGCUGUGCUUGUUUGCAACAUUGAGAAGUAACCUGCCAGCAGAGGUGAAUAUCAGUUAAGAAUUCAAGUGAUUUGUCGAGCAGAUGAGAGGAGCUAAUGUUUCACAGCUUCUUACUCAAAACUCUGAACACACAGAAGUCAGUGCCCACUGUUGACAUAGGCCACAGCUUCUAGUGGAUUUCAGUUUGGUGCACAUCAUACAGGAUUUCUCCAUGGUUCACGAUAUAACUGAAUAUUUUAAAUUCAUAACAGCUGCAUUCAGAAGUAACUACACUUACAGAUUUAAUAUCUUCUGGGGAUAUUUUCUGCAGCUAUACAGAGGUGUGAAUGUAUAUACAUAAGCAAUUGGACUGCUUUAGGCUAAUGAGCUACCACUUGUCAUCUCUGAGUGCUCUACUUCCAAAGUGGAGUGUGUUCAAAAGGUCUUUGAUUUAAUAUUUGACAUUAUAUAUAUGUAUGUGCUUGUGUGUUUAGGAAAAAAAAAAUCCAACCUCAAAAAGAAGUCAUAAGUACCAAAAUAUUUUCAAAUAUGUAUAAAAAUGUGUGUGAGCUUUGCUCUUCCGUUUUCUUUAUGGUUUAUUUUUCAUUUGUCUUAUUCUUCAUUAUGCAGAACUGCAUUAAUUAGGCUCUGAAUAGGGUCAUGGUGGUCAGUAGGGAAGACAGUGGUUAUUGGAGUCCUGUAACUCCAGCAGUCAGAUUGACUGUUCUUGUUCAUGCUGGAUGAGUUCAGAAGCUUAAUUUAUCUGUUAGCACCAUCACUCCUAUGCCAGUAACAUAACACCUAUCCUUUAUGUAAUCCUUCCCUCGCUGCAGCCAGCUGAUAAAAAGCCAAAAAGAACAACUUUUGGUGAAACUGGAUGUAUGUUAAAGUAGGGGAAGGAAAGAGAAAUAUGUUAAAAACAGUAGAAGAGAAUAAAAUGUGUUUGGUGCGCAGGAAAUAUUGUUAUGCAAAAUGAAAAAUACUAAUUAAAAAUCAUGCACUGUCCUUUGUAAUUUGAAUGAGAGAAAUAGGUUGGUAGAAGUCUGGGCCAGACAAUUUUGAGAUUUAAGCCAUUCUUGAUGGAAUUACAAAAGCGAUCAUAACUGGGCACUAAAACUUCCAUAUUUCAAAGUGUUUAUAAGGUGCUCCAGUAUUUGUACUGUAUGGGGACUCUCUUUAAAUUUGAACAUAAGCAAAGUAAUUCAAGCAGAUCACCUGGUUUUGUUAGCUGGCUGUGUCCUAUUGAACCAAGCCAGUGCCUGGAACAUGUUACUUUCAGACCAUGGGGUUGUUACAGCUAGGGCACAUUAAGGUAAACAAGAAAAAAAGUAACUGAAUCUCAUAUUCUGAGAACACCAGUGUCAUAUAUGAAAUAACUGCCAUGGCAUUUGUUACAUUAAGCAUGCAGCACGUUUUCGUGUGCUGCAGGGGGAAGUUGAGCCGGGGGUCUCUGCAGUCCUGGUGUUCUGCACAGUGGGUCCCACCCCCGGUUUUUUAAAGCGAGCGCUGUCUCCUUCAGCGCCCUGCAGGACAGCGGGCGGCGCGUCAGCUGACUCAAGUAUUAGUUUCAUGGUUCAGGAGGAAAUGAAACGUUUGAUUCCAAAAGUUUUCGCUUCUUCGGUGUAAUGAGCUCUGGGAUUGAAACGUUAGUGGAGGAGCUUUGCUCCAAGCUGAAAGACCUUCAGAGUAAGCAAGAGGAGAAGAUUCACAAAAAAUUAGAAGGCUCUUUGACUCCUGAGACUGAUUUAUCUCCCACAGCAAAGGAUCAAGUAGAAAUGUACUAUGAAGCAUUUCCUCCUCUUUCUGAAAAGCCAGUUUGCCUGCAGGAAAUUAUGACUGUAUGGAAUAAAUCCAAAGUAUGCUCUUACUCUAGCUCCUCAUCUUCAUCCACUGUUCCACCAACUAGCACGGACACAUCUUCUCCAAAGGACUGCAAUAGUGAAAGUGAAGUAACUAAAGACAGAAGUAAUAAAGUAUCUGCCGCUGUACAGGAAAGAACCCAGCAGAAGAAGAGUAAAAACGAGAAAGAAAACAAGUUUAGUAACAACACCGUUGAAGAGAAGCCUGUUUUGUACAAAAAGCAAGUCCGACAUAAGUCUGAAGGGAAGAUGCGUCCCCGCUCCUGGUCAUCGGGAUCCAGUGAGGCUGGCUCAAGUUCUAGUGGUAAUCAAGGUGAAUACAAGGCAUCGAUGAAAUGUAUUAAAGUAAGACACAAAACAAGAGAGGUUCGGAGUAAAAAAGGGCGGAAUGGGCAGAGCAGGCUGUCAGUGAAAUCUGGUGAAAAGGUUGAUAGAAAAGUCCACAGCGAAAGCAGCAGCAGCAGCAGCAGCGGGUCCAUCAAACAACUGUGCAAAAGAGGUAAAAGGCCAUUAAAAGAAAUUGGAAGAAAAGAAGCUGGCGGUAGUGAUGGAAAAGAUUUGUAUUUAGACAGUAGAAAUGAAAAGGAAUAUAAAGAAGAGCCCUUGUGGUAUACUGAGCCGAUUACGGAGUACUUUGUUCCUCUUAGCAGAAAAAGCAAGCUGGAGACUACGUACCGCAACAGAGAAGAUAUAUGUGGAGUAACAUCAGAGGCUGUAGAAGAGUUGUCUGAAUCAGUGCAUGGUCUUUGUAUUAGCAACAAUAAUACUCAUAAAACAUACCUCGCAGCAGGUACUUUCAUCGAUGGUCACUUUGUAGAAAUGCCUGCAGUUCUAAAUGAGGAUAUUGACCUCGCUGGGACCUCAAUAUGUUCUCAACCAGAGGACGACAAGUAUUUAGAUGAUGUUCAUCUGUCAGAACUAACGCACUUCUAUGAAGUGGAUAUUGAUCAAUCCAUGUUGGAUCCUGGUGCCUCAGAUACGAUGCAAGGGGAGAGUCGGAUUUUAAAUAUGAUUCGACAGAAGAGUAAAGAAAAAACUGAUUUUGAGGCAGAAUGUUGCAUAGUGUUAGAUGGAAUGGAGUUGCAAGGGGAAAGUGCAAUAUGGACUGAUUCGACCAGCUCUGUUGGUGCUGAAGGGUGGUUCUUGCAAGAUCUUAGUAAUUUAGCUCAAUUUUGGGAGUGCUGUUCAUCUUCUAGUUCUGGUGAUGCAGAUGGGGAAAGUUUUGGAGGAGAUUCUCCGAUCAGAUUCUCCCCCAUCCUAGACAGCACAAUGCUUAAUUCACACAUGCUUGCUGGCAAUCAAGAGCUCUUUUCAGAUAUUAAUGAAGGGUCUGGUAUAAACUCUUGUUUUUCAGUGUUUGAAGUGCAAUGCAGUAACUCUGUUUUACCAUUUUCUUUUGAAACACUCAACUUGGGAAAUGAAAAUGCAGAUUCUAGUAGCACUGCUAAUAUUCUUGGGAAAACACAGUCUAGAUUGCUAAUAUGGACCAAAAAUAGUGCCUUUGAUGAAAAUGAACACUGUUCUAAUCUUUCAACAAGAACCUGUAGUCCAUGGUCACACUCGGAAGAAACACGUUCAGACAAUGAGACUAUAAAUAUUCCAUAUGAAGAAUCCACGCAAUUUAAUGCAGAAGAUAUUAAUUAUGUAGUUCCUAGAGUGUCUUCGAAUUAUGUAGAUGAAGAAAUUCUAGAUUUUUUGCCAGAAGAAACCUGUCAGCAACAAGCUAGAAGUUUAGGAGAAAUGCCCACUUUGAUUUUCAAAAAGAAAUCUAAGCUAGAAUCUGUCUGUGGUAUUCAGCUAGAACAAAAAGCAGAAAGUAAAGACUAUGAAACUACACAAGGGUGUAGGGAAAGCAGUCCACAUGGAGAUGGCUACAGCUCAGGGGUUAUUAAAGAUAUUUGGACAAAUAUGACAGACAGAAAUUCUGCAGCGAUGGUAGAAAUAGAAGGAAUAGAAGAUGAAUUGUUUUCAACUGAUGUAAAUAACUAUUGCUGCUGUUUGGACACAGAAGCAAAAGUUGAAACCCUCCAGGAACCCAAUAAAGCAGUGCAAAGAUCAGAGUAUCACCUUUGGGAAGGUCAAAAGGAGAAUGUAGAGAAGAGAGCCUUUGUCUCAAAUGAUUUAUCAAAAGUAGAUGGUGGUGACUAUACCACACCAUCAAAACCCUGGGAUGUUAACCAGGAUAAAGAAAACUCAUUUAUACUUGGUGGUGUGUAUGGGGAGCUCAAAACAUUUAACAGUGAUGGAGAAUGGGCAGUGGUGCCACCUGGUCACUCAAAGGGGAGCUUACUGCAAUGUGCAGCUUCCGAUGUGGUGACAAUAGCUGGUACAGAUGUUUUUAUGACUCCAGGUAAUAGCUUUGCCCCUGGCCACAGGCAAUUAUGGAGGCCGUUUGUGUCAUUUGAACAGAACGAGCAAUCCAAGAGUGGAGAUAACGGAUUAAAUAAGGGUUUUUCUUUUAUCUUCCAUGAAGACUUACUGGGAGCUUGUGGUAACUUUCAAGUCGAAGAACCAGGGCUGGAAUACUCAUUCUCUUCCUUUGACCUGAACAAUCCAUUUUCACAAGUUCUUCAUGUAGAGUGUUCGUUUGAGCCAGAAGGAAUUGCAUCUUUCAGCCCUAGUUUUAAACCUAAGUCGAUUCUGUGCUCUGAUUCAGACAGUGAGGUUUUACACCCCAGGAUAUGUGGUGUUGAUCGAACGCAGUACAGGGCUAUACGGAUUUCUCCGAGGACUCACUUUCGCCCAAUUUCUGCAUCUGAACUUUCUCCAGGUGGUGGAAGCGAGUCAGAAUUUGAGUCAGAAAAAGAUGAGGGAGGUAUUGCUGUCCCUCCCCAAGUAGAUGUAUUUGAGGAUCCACAAGCAGAUCUCAAACCUCUGGAAGAAGAUGCAGAAAAAGAAGGGCAUUAUUACGGAAAAUCAGAGCUUGAAUCUGGAAAAUUCCUUCCCAGAUUAAAAAAGUCUGGAAUGGAGAAGAGUGCGCAGACAUCAUUGGAUUCCCAAGAAGAGUCGGCCGGGAUGUUGCCAGUAGGAAACCAAGAUCCCUGUUUAGAAUGCAGUAUGAAAGAAUCUCUAGAAGGGAGAGUGGUGGAGAGCUCUAAAGUAAACUGCAGAAUAGUGGAGCCACGUGAGGAGACUGGCAGGUUUUGCAGUUGUAAAGCAGGGUGUCAUUUCCCCACGUAUGAGGAUAAUCCUGUUUCUUCAGGAGAGCAUGAAGAGAGAAUGAGUGGCAGCCAGGAAAAGCAAUGCUGGUGGGAAAAGGCGCUCUAUUCUCCCCUUUUUCCUGCAUCACAGUGUGAAGAGUGCUAUACAAAUGCCAAGGGAGAGAAUGGUGUAGGAGAACUUGCAGAUGUAAAGGAAGUAUCCAAUGAUGAUGAACAUCUUUUAGAUUUUAAUAUGGUUUCUUCUGUUUAUGAAGCAAGAUGUGCAGAUGAUAUAAAUGCUGAGGCAAAACCAAAUGGCUUCAGGAAGAAGAUCUACUCCAGUGAUAGCUCCAGCUCUGAAGACACAGCUUCAGAAGGUGGAAGCGAAUGGGCUGAUCCAUGUGAGGAGGAGCUUUUUUCUCGAACUCAACUGUAAAAACUGCAGAGUAGAGCAGAUGAUUGAAAAGUAACAUGAGAUGGAAAACUAUCUUUCUUGAGGGUCUGUAGCUCUAAAACAACAACUUGAGUUUCCUCUUCAGUUAAUGGAUUCAGAUGUGUAUUUAUCUUUCUCUUCUUGCUUAUUUUAUAGAUGAGGACACAGCUGUCCUGUUGAAGAUUUGUUUUCCCAAAAAAUACUGUUAAAUUCUUGGCUAUUUGAACUAGACUAGAUUGUGUUGUCAAAUCAAGAAUGGAUGUGCAUGUGCUUGUCUUAGAAGUACCACUGCUUUUUUGCAUCUUAAUUGCAGUUAUUUUCUUUCGUAACUGUAGCCCUACCACUAUUACGAUCUUCUUAGCAUCGCAGUGUCUACAACUACUUCUGCUAUUCAGAGACUUCAGCUUUCUGCACAUUAGGCUUUGUUCUUUAAGAACUGGGAGAUAAAUACUUAACACUGUAAUCUAUCAGUGCCUUUCUGAAUGCAGGAGAAAAGCAUGAAUGACUUGUCCAGUCUUCAUUCAGUAAAUCUCAUAACUUUGAAGUAGGAACAACAGGGUUGUGCUUUAGAGACUUACAGAAACUGUGUUUUCUAUCCUAUGAUUCCCCCCUCCCACAAACCAACACUGAGGAUACCAUGGUUUGUAUUUUUGCUAACUGGAGAAGCCAAGGAUUUUUUUGUAGGUAUGGAGGCAAUGUGGGUUGUUUUUUUUCCUUUUUUUCUUUUUUUUUGUCCUUUUUAGCAAUUUGCCAAUGUGGGGCAGAAGUUCAAAAGUAACACCAAAAAUAAUAAACCACUGGGGUGAUGUGUGGAUUGUUGUGAAUUUUGUUAAUGAGUAAUGAGAAUGUUGUCUUGUUGCAGAUGAAGGCAUUCAUGUAACCUGCAAAAGCAUCCUGUAACUGAACUUGAGCCUGAAUGACUGAAACUCUCUAAAAUGCUCAGUGUUCAAUGUUUUAAAUGCAAAGGGUCAGUGCUUCACUUGAAAGAAAUCCUGUGGCUGCUGCAGUUAGCUGCUGUUGUGGCUGUAAUUUAGUAAAUCUCGUAGUUCAUUUUGUGUUUCUGAGAGAAUGUGUGGGGCAAGUUAUGUGUGUGGUGGGUGGGGGUAGGGAAGGUGAUGACUUACAAAAUACAUGUGUGAUUGCAGUAGUGAUUGUUGCUUUAUGUGACUUGCUUUUAAAUUUUCUUUUGUUAACUUAGAAAGUCAAUACAUUGUCAAGUUGCAUCUGUACAAGACUAUCAACUCCUUCUGCUUUUAACACAUUAUGCAAAAUGUAUAAGCCAGGAGGAGCAAUAUUUGCAAAACUAAACAUUCUGAGUUUUUAACAACUCCUAGUUUAAAAAAUGACAACAACUAACUAGUCUACACGAUCGCAGCAUGUCUAUAACACCAGGAAGUGCAGAAAGUCCAAUACUGACUUGAAAAGCUUCACCAUUAUUUUUGACAGGCAAUAAACCUCACAAGAAACAUAGCUGUUUGAAAUGUGAGCUGAACUGCCUUUGAAAUAUGUUCUGCGCUAGAAAUGCUUUCUGAGUAACUGGGUUUUGUUGCCUUUAUUCAUUUGAGAGUGUAAGAAUUUAAAUACGUGGUUGGGAAACCAUGCCGGUCUUCGUGCAACACUUUUGGUGAGAUCCUUACUAAAACUGGCUUGGUUGCCCUUAUCCAAGGACUUUCUUUUGGUCCUCCUCUUAGACGAUGUUUUAGGGUUUGUAUUCAUACAGCAAAUCUUUUGACACUUUACAGUUUCUUUUCUUAAUUUAUUUGCAGACUUUGAAUAGAUUUUAUAUAUUUUACUUUCUUCUGGAGCUUCCUUGAGAGGUUGAUUAGCACCUGCACUGAAACUAGUUAACUGUAACAUGAAAGGAAAAAAGAACUUUACACACAAAUUCUUCAAAUCACUACAGUGAAGAAUGGAAUAGAAUUCAUUUGAGAACAGGAAGUGACCAAGUGGACAUAUUUCAAACACAAACUUCAGCUCAGUUAAUUCUGGCUAGAGCUUCUUCAUUGGAAAGAAAGGGCUCAAAAGUAACAAAGGUGUUGCUCAUAGUUACACUGUGGCAUGUAAUGAUUCCAGCACCUUUGGGGAAAAUAAAAUCCUAUCUUGAGCUUGGGCAAUAACAAAUUGUCUUUACUCGUUUUCAUAGUUUAAAGGCUAAAGCUCUAAGGCUUUCAGUGAGAGUUGAAGUGUGGUUUUUAGUUUUUCUAUAUGGAUAGAAACACACACCAACAACAAUAACAACAAGAGCAUUAAAGGUUGGCAUACGCUGAACCGCACUGUGGGAUGAAGCGCAUUGCAUAUCCAUAGCAUUGAAGUAUCAGUUUUCCAUUCCUGGGCUGAAAUUUGUUUCUACUUUUUGCUUCAAGUGGUUGUAUUGUUCUGAUUUCACGUACACCAGAGUAACUGAUUUUGUUUUCUUGUGGAGUUACUUAACACCGAAUAAAAAUAUAAAAGGACAA